AUGAAGUAUAACGAAAUAUUGAUGAAAUUGGGUGAUUUUGGGUUGUAUCAGAAACGGUUAUAUUUUUUAACUUGUUUGCCUGCAUUGAUAAUUGGAUUACAACCUAUGCUGACAAUUUUUAUAUUAGCCAUUCCAUCUCAUCGAUGUCAACUACCCAGUGAAUUUUUAGAUACCCACUACUACCCUACCAAUAAUGUAACACAAUACUAUGUCAAUUCUACAAUACCAGUUGAUGAUGGACAGUGGGCUGAAUGUGAGCAGUAUGAUGUAGGUAAUUCAACUAUGUUUAAAGGAAUGGAUGUAGUUAAUGGAAAUAUUUCCAGGACAAAAUGCAAUGACUGGGUUUAUGAUACUUCUACCUAUCACAAUACUUUUGUUUCCGAGUUUAACCUAGUGUGUGAUGACACCAUAUACAGAUCUCAUGCUAAUAUGUUAUUUAUGUUUGGUAAAAUGUUGGGAUCGCUAGUUUUUGGAAUAAUAGCUGAUUUAUUUGGACGGAAAAAAUCCUUCAUCAUCUCUGUUUUAAUAGACCUGUUUUGUUCCAUGACGAUUGCAUUCUCACCUAGCGUGUGGGUAUUUUUCAUACUACGGAUGUUAGUUGGAGCUGCUAAUUCUGGUAUCUUCAUAUCUACAUUCAUCAUAGGAUUAGAACUCGUAGGCAAAAGUAAGCGAGCAUUUGCUGGAAUAGUUAUCGAAUUUUUCUGGGUUGGUGGAUUAUUUAUUCUGCUGGUUUUGGCCUAUUUAUUAAGAAGCUGGGAUGAUCUUCUGUUAGCUACUGCACUUCCAAUACUGCCUUUGGUUAUUACAUUCUGGUUUAUCCCAGAAUCAACCAGGUGGCUGGUAUCAAAAGGUCGUACAAAAGAAGCUGAGAAGAUUUUACGUAAAGCUGCUAAAGUGAAUAAAGUAGAACUUCCCGAUGAAUUAUUCGAUAAAGAUUGCUUGGAGAAAGAACCACGAGUAAAAAUUUGGGAAAUGUUUACAUCACCCGUCUUAGUUAUCAGAUCUUUUAUUAUAUUUUCCAGUUGGGCAGUAAUUUCUAUGGUAUAUUAUGGCUUGAAUUUAAAUAUUACAAAUCUGAGUGGAAAUAUUCACAUAAAUUUUACCAUCUCAAAUAUUGUAGAAUUUUUAGCGUAUUUGUCCGUAUUUAUCUUUGCCGAGAGAAUUGGUAGAAAACCGAUAUUAUGUAUGAGUAUGUUAGUUGGUGGAGCAGCCUGUGUACUAUCAAUAUUUCCAGUACUGUAUGGAAAUUCAGCACAUUAUUGGAUUACCAAUGGUUUAUCUAUGAUAGGAAAAUUUGGUGCUUCUGCUGGCUUUGGAGUUAUAUACAUGUUUAGUGCUGAGUUAUUUCCAACUGUGUUACGGAAUUCAAGCGUCGGUCUAUGUUCAGUCUCUGCUAGAAUUGGCUCAAUGAUUGCACCAUAUAUUUCAGACAUUUUAUUAAAAGGUGAACUAGAACUUGCCUUACCUUUAAUAGUAUUUGGAAUAUGUUCUGUUGUUGCUGGUCUCCUUGCCUUACUGUUACCAGAAACGAUGAAUAGAAAUUUACCAGACACAAUUGAAGAUGCAAAAUCAUUCGGAAGGUAA